AUGAACCACAACCAAUUCAUGCAAGUUCUAAUCAAAAUGCCUGACGAUUCAUUGACACCGCCCUCUGGCAACUCACGCUCAUCCUCUCCUUCUGGUCAACCUCAAGGACGUAUCGUAUCCGGAUCACUCAAAGACCGAAUUGCUAAAUUCAACAAUCCCUCUGCACCACCACCAGUCCCCAGAAGCCAGUUUCCCCAUUCUCAACCUUCUGUCCAACGAGGAGGAUUGAUUGGGAAUCGAAUACCGAGCCUGGACCCGAAAAGCGCAGGUAUGAUCAAUUCCGGAGGAGGUGGGCAUCCAGUGGGGAAUAGGAGGAUUUCAGAGAAUAGAGGGUUGAUCGGAAAUAGAAUUCCAAGUAUGGGGAGCAGUGGUCAGAUUUACCUACAAAACCAAUCGACCGGUUCUUCCAAUUCUGGUAGUACCCCUUCUUCAGCUACUAUACCCAAACCAUCCACGGGUACCGGUACCGGUACUGGAGGAGCCAGAUCAGCUAGUCCCUCAGGAUCAGUUGACUCGAGCGCAGCUACUCUAGAGUCAUCCAAUUCACCUAUAACCUCCAGAUCAUCUUCACCGCCUACUUCCCCAGGUGCUGGUAUUCCCCCUUCUUUACUUGCUGCCUCUUUACCUACCUUGGAUGACAGCGGUCCGGGUGCAGCGACUCCUUCUUCUACAAGAGCGGAAGCGGGUGAUACAGUAUCUGAACUAUCUUUAUCAAUACCAUCCACUCCUGUCGCAACUGGUACCCCUCCCCUCCCUGCACCAGAGUAUGACCUCGUGGCUCCCAAUCUCAAGUUGGCUACUGCCAAUGCAGCGGGUGUAGCGGUCAAUCCUAUGGUCAGAGGUCUAUCUCAACAAUCUUCAAAUAGCAAAUCGUUCGCUCCUUCCGUCUCGUCUUCCCUCGCAACCGCCUCAAGGGGAAGUGAAGAGGAAACCCAGAUGAUGCAAGAUGUUAGCGGUGUGUCAACUCCAGUUGGAACACCCAGAGCAGCAAGACGAGAGCUGGGAGAAGGCAGUGUAGUGGGAGAAGGAAGUGUUUUGGGUGAGAACGAUGUUGAAGAAUUAGGUAAUAGACUGGAGAACCUAGAGGUAAAUAAAGACGGUAAAGAUGAUCAAGACGUCACACCCGAACCACCCAAGGAGAAACUACCGGUGGAACAAAGUAGCGAUCUUCCGGAAAGCGUCAUUGUAUCAGACGAAACAUCGAGUGCUGCCGAUGACGCGAGUAACGUAUCUGAAGCUGGAGAACCUGUCGAAAAGGGAUCCCGACCAGAGGAACAGACCAAGAACGAAAACCCCAACCUGGCACCUGAUCUGGCUGAUCUCAAAGCCGGUAGGUUGUCACCCGGACCGAAUACGUCGAGCGACAACAAAGCCGAUGAGAUAUCCGAAUCCCAACCUGAUUCUUAUCACGCCAAGGAUAAACCGGAUCCCAACCAGGCUCCUGAUUUGGAUGAUUUGAAAGCCGGUAAGCUUGGUGCGGCAGGUGACGAGACCAAAGUCGAAUCUGGACCUGAGAAACAACCGUCUCAAGUCGUCGGGAUGUCUGUACCCGCCAAUGCGAUGGUGGGCGAUACGUAUACUCAGAAUUUGGCUGAACAUGACAUCGCACCUGAUGAAGUGAAAGAACAAGGUGGAGAAGCAGGACAACGUAUGGAAGAUAUCGAAACUGCCGAUCAGGUGAUUGAACCUGGUGAAGAGGAAUCACAAGAUAUCAGUAAUUAUACCGGCGGGAUCAACGAAAAGGAAGAGACUGUCUUUGUCGAUCCAGGUGAAAUGGAAGCUAAAGAUGGAGGAGCAAAGAAGUAUCAACCGCUUGAGACUAAUUUUGACAUUCAAGAUGAUGAAGUUCACAAACAUAAAGAAAGAGGUGCGAGUAACGAACAAUAUGCUGAUCCAUAUGCGAAUCAAAAUAAACCGCCUAAGAACGAUGAUCCAGAUUUGAUCAAUCCGACUUAUAAAGGUGACGAUUCCAAAUCUGCGAAGAGAGAUCCUUAUAAACCUGAAGAUAAACCUCCAACACUACAGGAAGCUGCUAGACCCAUUGAUGAAGUGGAAAAGAAUGAUAAGGAGAAGGAGGUUGGGGAUAGACAGGAAUUAGAAGAUGGUGGUGACGGAGUUGCCGAAGAGAAGUCAACUGCAGAUGAAUCACCAAAGGGGGAUAUUCGAGAAUUGAAUAGUGAGGAUAAACCCACUCAAGAUGUCGAUCCUGUAGAGGUGACUUCAUCAGUAGCGGAAGAUAUCGCUGAACCCACUCAGCCAACUGGAGUGGAAGUUCCUCCUACUCCAGUCAACGUCCGAUCCGAGGAAUCAAAGGUGGUUAGCCCAGAAGGUGAAGAUGAAGCUAAAUCACCUUCUGACAUUGUAGGCGAAUCUCCCACAACUCCACAACAGGUACCUAGCGAUGUAGAUGCUCAAGACCUUGCAUCCAAAACCGAUCAACCACCUGUGACUGCAAUUGGUGCUGAAGUGAACAAGGAAGAAGUCGAACCCAAGUCACCUUCCGAGCCGAAACAACUGAACUUUGAACCUGCUCCCAUAUCUCAACCUGCCUCUGCAAGCGUCGAAGAACCGUUCUACACGGCUAAAGAAGAUACCAGCGCCGAAAGGUUUCCUCAAGCUGAGGAAGACACUUCUGCACCUGCAUUUCCUGACCCACCAACCGCCGAUCCGGAUGUCGAAGACCCGAUCUCUACACCUGUCGAACUUGAUAUUCCUGGUGUAAGCGGAGGAAUCAGCGGAAGUGGAGUGACCACGCCUAUCGAUGGGAAUUUCUUGAAAUCAUUUCCGGAUGUACCUGAUGAAGAUAAACCUAGGGUUGAAGUGCACGUUUCUUCGCCUGUUAACACACCUCAAAAACAGUCGUUCCACGCUGUUCCUCCUGCUGCUUCUGGCGGUGACGGUGCAAGUGAGCAACCCUCAAGGAAAGAUUCGGGAGAUAGUAACGCGAGUGAGAAGGAGAUUGAAGUACCAGGUCAAUAUCCUACUACGCCAAUUGCCAAAAUACCUGGUAAAUCGAAAUCUCUGAAAAAUCAAAGAUUAUCCGUAGAUCAAGGAUCCCCUCUGUCUGGUGCUGAUAACAUAGAAAAAGAAGGUGGUGAUGAUAGGGAAGAAGCAGAAGUAGAAGAUUUAGAAGCUACACCACAGGCUAUCAAACCUUCUUCUUCACUUUCCAAAAGACUUUCUGCGAGACGUUCCCCCAAAUCGCCUUUAUUGGAUGAUGAGGACCCUGGUGAUUUCGAAGCUGGAGAGGGAUGGGCGGUAGUGACUAAGUGA